UUGGAUCGCGAAUCGGGUCAACAAUACCGUGUCAUUUGACUCUCCCUCUCUCCCUUUCCCUCGUCUCUACGUCGGUCGAGUCUCCUUCUUCUAUUCGUCUUCCCAUCGCCGAUAGAUUCGCCGUUACUCAUCGGUAAACGCAGCGGAGGAGCUAGAUUAUUCUCUCUAGUCUCUGUGUCAAACCGGUGUGGAAGCGAAUUUUAUUUUCUUAUUAUUAAUCUGAUCUGUAUCAAACAUGGACGAAGAGGCAGCAAAACCUAGAGACUCCACCGUGAAUCAGCAGCAGCAGCAACAAUACUAUUACGGAACGUUUCAAGGCGUUGCAAAUUAUCCUACUCCGACUGCUCCACCGCAAUAUCUACCGCCGUCGCAGCAUCCGAUUCCUACGUAUCCUGGACAUGCUUAUCAGAAUUUCCAAGGUCCUCCUGGUGGUGGUUUUGUGAAUUAUGCUCAAGGGUUCCCAGUUGUUCCUGAUUAUACGGUGGUUGAGGUGAGACCGAUGAUGAGAGAGCAUGACCUUCCUUGCUGUGGCUUGGGCAUGGGAUGGUUUCUGUUUAUCAUGGGUUUCUUGUUCGGUGGGAUCCCGUGGUACCUCGGAGCUUUUAUUAUUCUAGUCACAUCUGUUGAUCAUCGCGAGAAGGCUGGUUACGUUGCCUGCUCAAUCGCAUCUGUUGUCUAUUUCAUCGGCGUCAUGCUCGGGAUGACUGGGGAUGUUAACAUCUGGUGAAGCUACUCCCCAAAACUGAACUCACAUCACAUCAUGUAUAUAUAUAUCUACAUGUACACACGAAAAUGUAGAUAUGUAUCAUUAGACCAGUUAUCUGAAGAUUUAGUGUGAUUUACAAAAGGAAACAUUUUGUAACACUGUGUCGAACUUAUAUAUUGCUGAAAUACGUAUGUUGUUGGUUCCCUUGGUUCUUCAUGUAAUAUAUAUUAUGUGGUCUACUUUGACGAUUGCUUUGCUACAAAUAAAAGUUCCCAUGAACCUGAA